ACAUCCUUCCUGCCCCCCCAUACUUGCCUCUGCUUUCAUCCAUAAAUGCGUGUACUUAAGAAGUUCAGAAGCUAAGUAGAGACUACAGGCGACUGUAGCGGAACGCGCGCAAACUUCAAACUUGAAAAAACCGUGACAUCACCACAGCAGGCCGAAACACCCCUGCACAACUUGAUUGAUCUGAGCAUAACACCCAAAGCGGAAAUUUGGAGUAUCAUGGACGUGGGCCCGAGGAGCUACCUCAGCUCCACCAUGACGGACCGCUUCGACUGCUUCUAUUGCCGUGACAACCUGCACGGGAAGAAAUACGUGAUGAAGGACGAUAAGCACGUCUGCGUGCGCUGCUUUGAUAAGCUGUGCGCCAACUCCUGCGCUGAGUGCCGCCGUCCCAUUGGCGUGGAUGCCAAGGAGCUGCACCAUAAGAACCGGUACUGGCACGAGGGCUGCUUCCGCUGCGCCAAGUGCUACAAGCCGCUGGUCAGCGAGCCCUUCUGCUCCGUGGACAACAAGAUCAUGUGCGAGAAGUGCGGCGCCCUGAAGGAGGGGAACCGCUGCCAGGCCUGCUACAAGGCGGUCAUGCCAGGCAGUAAGAAUGUGGAGUACAAGCACAAGGUGUGGCAUGAGGAGUGCUUCACCUGCUUCACCUGCAAGGAGCCCAUCCGCUCCCAGAGCUUCCUGACCAAGGGAGACGACAUCUACUGCACCGCCUGCCACGAGAAGAAGUUCUCCAAGCACUGCGUCUGCUGCAAGGAGGCCAUCACCACCGGGGGGAUAACCUACCAGGAUCAGCCCUGGCACUCCGAGUGCUUCGUGUGCAGCACCUGCCGCAAGCCCCUGGCCGGAACCCGCUUCACCGCCCAGGAGGACAAGGUGUACUGCGUGGACUGCUUCAAGACCUCUGUGGCCAAGAAGUGCUGCGGCUGCCAGAACCCCAUCACAGGUUUCGGCAGGGGGACCAACGUGGUGAACUACGAGGGCAACUCCUGGCACGAGUACUGCUUCAACUGCAAGAAGUGCUCCCUGUCCCUGGCCAACAAGCGCUUCGUGCUCAAAGGCGAGGACAUCUACUGCUCCGACUGCGCCAAGAAGCUGUGAGCGGGUCGCUAACGCACGCUAGCCUCACGCGCUUCAGAGCGGCAGCUGAGCAGGGGGUCAGAGCAGGGGGGUUUGGUAAGAGAGUGACACCCUUACAUAUAUACACACAUGCCUUUAAGAAACGUGUACCUGUGAUAAAGCAAAACGACACAAGGGUUAACAUGGGGGUCCAAAGGUUACCAGAACCUUUGAGACAUUCAGUAGGGUCAAAUGAUCUCAUCUUCAGCUGCCACCUGAAUCAGCUCCUUGAUUGAACACACACACAUUAAGCUUUGAACAAACAUCAGCCUACUUUAAUACACUAUAUACUAUUUGCUUUGUGGGCAUGCAACAUUCAGUACACAGUAGCUUUUGAGCGCUUAGCAUAAGUUGAAUUCCUACUGGCCUUACUUGGGGAUAAAUCCCUGAUCUGUGCCUGGAAGUAUUUUUAAGAUUAAAAUAGAAAUAUUACAAACAAGAGCUCUGCUUUUACUGAAACAAAUAUUCACUUUCCAUUACCUAACAUUUAGCUUGGAAAUGAUACAUAAUUGUGGGGCUGUUUUAAAUCUCUGGCAAGUAUUUGUUUGAUAUGUAGGUUCCAGGUGGUUCUACCGUCUGGAGAUAAAGCAAAGUAAUUUCCUUACAGCAUGCUGCAGUGGAAUUUAACAUUGUGGAAACACAUGUAAAAUCUGAUUUACAAAAAAAAAACAAAUAAAAGAGGUGAAAACUACA